AUGAAGAAUAUUGGAAAUCAACCUAUAAUAACUGAUUUAGUUGAAAAUACAGUCUCACACAUUUCAAAGUUUUCCUGGAAAACUAGUGAAGGGAAAAUUUUGGAACUUUUUGCAUGUAAAGAGGAAAGUGAGAAGCUCAUUUUCCUAAAAUUUCAAAUUUUUCCAGUGGAAAACAGCAACAUGAAAAAUCUCGGAAAUCAACCUACAAAAACUGAAUUAGUUGAAAAUACAGUCUCACACAUUUCAAAGUUUUCCUGGAAAACUAGUGAAGGGAAAAUUUUGACACUUUUUGCAUGUAAAGGGGAAAGUGAGAAGCUUAUUUUCUCAAAAUUUCAAAUUUCUCCAGUGAAAAAUAACAACAUGAAGAAUAUUGGAAAUCAAGCUACAAUAACUAAUUUAGUUGAAAAUACAGUCUCACACAUUUCAAAGUUUUCCUGGAAAACUAGUGAAGGGAAAAUUUUGGAACUUUUUGCAUGUAAAGAGGAAAGUGAGAAGCUCAUUUUCCUAAAAUUUCAAAUUUUUCCAGUGGAAAACAGCAACAUGAAAAAUCUCGGAAAUCAACCUACAAAAACUGAAUUAGUUGAAAAUACAGUCUCACACAUUUCAAAGUUUUCCUGGAAAACUAGUGAAGGGAAAAUUUUGACACUUUUUGCAUGUAAAGGGGAAGGUGAGAAGCUUAUUUUCCCAAAAUUUCAAAUUUCUCCAGUGAAAAAUAACAACAUGAAGAAUAUUGGAAAUCAACCUACAAUAACUAAUUUAGUUGAAAAUACAGUCUCACACAUUUCAAAGUUUUCCUGGAAAACUAGUGAAGGGAAAAUUUUGGAACUUUUUGCAUGUAAAGAGGAAAGUGAGAAGCUCAUUUUCCUAAAAUUUCAAAUUUUUCCAGUGGAAAACAGCAACAUGAAAAAUCUCGGAAAUCAACCUACAAAAACUGAAUUAGUUGAAAAUACAGUCUCACACAUUUCAAAGUUUUCCUGGAAAACUAGUGAAGGGAAAAUUUUGACACUUUUUGCAUGUAAAGGGGAAGGUGAGGAGCUUAUUUUCCCAAAAUUUCAAAUUUCUCCAGUGAAAAAUAACAACAUGAAGAAUAUUGGAAAUCAAGCUACAAUAACUAAUUUAGUUGAAAAUACAGUCUCACACAUUUCAAAGUUUUCCUGGAAAACUAGUGAAGGGAAAAUUUUGGAACUUUUUGCAUGUAAAGAGGAAAGUGAGAAGCUCAUUUUCCUAAAAUUUCAAAUUUUUCCAGUGGAAAACAGCAACAUGAAAAAUCUCGGAAAUCAACCUACAAAAACUGAAUUAGUUGAAAAUACAGUCUCACACAUUUCAAAGUUUUCCUGGAAAACUAGUGAAGGGAAAAUUUUGACACUUUUUGCAUGUAAAGGGGAAGGUGAGAAGCUUAUUUUCCCAAAAUUUCAAAUUUCUCCAGUGAAAAAUAACAACAUGAAGAAUAUUGGAAAUCAGGCUACAAUAACUAAUUUAGUUGAAAAUACAGUCUCACACAUUUCAAAGUUUUCCUGGAAAACUAGUGAAGGGAAAAUUUUGGAACUUUUUGCAUGUAAAGAGGAAAGUGAGAAGCUCAUUUUCCUAAAAUUUCAAAUUUUUCCAGUGGAAAACAGCAACAUGAAAAAUCUCGGAAAUCAACCUACAAAAACUGAAUUAGUUGAAAAUACAGUCUCACACAUUUCAAAGUUUUCCUGGAAAACUAGUGAAGGGAAAAUUUUGACACUUUUUGCAUGUAAAGGGGAAGGUGAGAAGCUUAUUUUCCCAAAAUUUCAAAUUUCUCCAGUGAAAAAUAACAACAUGAAGAAUAUUGGAAAUCAGGCUACAAUAACUAAUUUAGUUGAAAAUACAGUCUCACACAUUUCAAAGUUUUCCUGGAAAACUAGUGAAGGGAAAAUUUUGGAACUUUUUGCAUGUAAAGAGGAAAGUGAGAAGCUCAUUUUCCUAAAAUUUCAAAUUUUUCCAGUGGAAAACAGCAACAUGAAAAAUCUCGGAAAUCAACCUACAAAAACUGAAUUAGUUGAAAAUACAGUCUCACACAUUUCAAAGUUUUCCUGGAAAACUAGUGAAGGGAAAAUUUUGACACUUUUUGCAUGUAAAGGGGAAGGUGAGGAGCUUAUUUUCCCAAAAUUUCAAAUUUCUCCAGUGAAAAAUAACAACAUGAAGAAUAUUGGAAAUCAAGCUACAAUAACUAAUUUAGUUGAAAAUACAGUCUCACACAUUUCAAAGUUUUCCUGGAAAACUAGUGAAGGGAAAAUUUUGGAACUUUUUGCAUGUAAAGAGGAAAGUGAGAAGCUCAUUUUCCUAAAAUUUCAAAUUUUUCCAGUGGAAAACAGCAACAUGAAAAAUCUCGGAAAUCAACCUACAAAAACUGAAUUAGUUGAAAAUACAGUCUCACACAUUUCAAAGUUUUCCUGGAAAACUAGUGAAGGGAAAAUUUUGACACUUUUUGCAUGUAAAGGGGAAGGUGAGGAGCUUAUUUUCCCAAAAUUUCAAAUUUCUCCAGUGAAAAAUAACAACAUGAAGAAUAUUGGAAAUCAAGCUACAAUAACUAAUUUAGUUGAAAAUACAGUCUCACACAUUUCAAAGUUUUCCUGGAAAACUAGUGAAGGGAAAAUUUUGGAACUUUUUGCAUGUAAAGAGGAAAGUGAGAAGCUCAUUUUCCUAAAAUUUCAAAUUUUUCCAGUGGAAAAUAGCAACAUGAAAAAUCUCGGAAAUCAACCUACAAAAACUGAAUUAGUUGAAAAUACAGUCUCACACAUUUCAAAGUUUUCCUGGAAAACUAGUGAAGGGAAAAUUUUGACACUUUUUGCAUGUAAAGGGGAAGGUGAGGAGCUUAUUUUCCCAAAAUUUCAAAUUUCUCCAGUGAAAAAUAACAACAUGAAGAAUAUUGGAAAUCAAGCUACAAUAACUAAUUUAGUUGAAAAUACAGUCUCACACAUUUCAAAGUUUUCCUGGAAAACUAGUGAAGGGAAAAUUUUGGAACUUUUUGCAUGUAAAGAGGAAAGUGAGAAGCUCAUUUUCCUAAAAUUUCAAAUUUUUCCAGUGGAAAACAGCAACAUGAAAAAUCUCGGAAAUCAACCUACAAAAACUGAAUUAGUUGAAAAUACAGUCUCACACAUUUCAAAGUUUUCCUGGAAAACUAGUGAAGGGAAAAUUUUGACACUUUUUGCAUGUAAAGGGGAAGGUGAGGAGCUUAUUUUCCCAAAAUUUCAAAUUUCUCCAGUGAAAAAUAACAACAUGAAGAAUAUUGGAAAUCAAGCUACAAUAACUAAUUUAGUUGAAAAUACAGUCUCACACAUUUCAAAGUUUUCCUGGAAAACUAGUGAAGGGAAAAUUUUGGAACUUUUUGCAUGUAAAGAGGAAAGUGAGAAGCUCAUUUUCCUAAAAUUUCAAAUUUUUCCAGUGGAAAACAGCAACAUGAAAAAUCUCGGAAAUCAACCUACAAAAACUGAAUUAGUUGAAAAUACAGUCUCACACAUUUCAAAGUUUUCCUGGAAAACUAGUGAAGGGAAAAUUUUGACACUUUUUGCAUCUAAAGGAGAAGGUGAGAAGCUUAUUUUCCCAAAAUUUCAAAUUUCUCCAGUGAAAAAUAACAACAUGAAGAAUAUUGGAAAUCAAGCUACAAUAACUAAUUUAGUUGAAAAUACAGUCUCACACAUUUCAAAGUUUUCCUGGAAAACUAGUGAAGGGAAAAUUUUGGAACUUUUUGCAUGUAAAGAGGAAAAAAAGAAAAGCAGCAGCGAUGACGGCCACGCACGAUAUCGGCCGGACCGCCUUAGGUUGCCGCUAAGCGCCCCAGGGCCGGGGAUGGAUGGGAAUGACUUCCCUUCAGCCCCUCAGCGCGGCCCCAUUAGCGGGCCAGUGCCGAUAAACAUUCCCCUGAUCGCCCUGCGUCCAUCGUCGCCGCCGCCCCUGACUUCCGUAUCGUUGACGGUGCCCAGGCCCGAGGCGGAACGACGCGACAAUGAGUACGUCGAGACGCCGCUCAGGGGUCCCCUUACCGCCGCAUCGUCUCCGGCGCCGGUCCACCGGCUACCGGCGCCGGCUCCCCCUCAGGGGCCAAUCAGCAAACAGCCGAUAUCGUUUAGUAAAACGUCGUCGCAAGCGGUACCGGCUGCGUGCGCAAACUCGCGACCAUCCAUCAUGUGUACGGUUUGCGGUAGGUGCAAGUGUGCGACGUGUCGAGCUCCUAAACCCUUGCCGCAAUAUUGGUCGUGUAACGGAGCGUGUCUGCUUUCGGCGGACACUAUUGUGGACUAUGCGUCGUGCUUGUGUUGCGUCAAAGGACUGUUUUACCAUUGUUCCGAAGCGGAUGAUGUCGAGAACACGGCGGCGGACGAUCCGUGCAGUUGCGGACCGGACCGCAGGUUCGCCCGCUGGAGUUGUUUGGCCGGAAUCGCGUGCGUUCUACCUUGUCUGUGGCUCUAUUGGCCGUUGCGCGGUGCAAAAAGGGCAGUCGAGUUGUGCUACGAGCGACACUCGAGAUCGGGGUGUCGGUGUCGUCCGCCCAAACAGCCGCCCAGACCGCCGCCCGACAAACGACUGCUGGGCAACGACUCGCUACAAGACUUUUAAUUUAUUAAAUCUACGUAUAUUAGUGUACAUAGAACUGCCGCCGCAUCCUGUUGCGGUCUCCAGUAUUAUCUAGUCCAGCGUCCGAAGCAAAGCGACGCAACAGAGUGUCUCCAGAGUGUGCCUGAAAUAACUCUUGUGUACAUCUUUUUUCCAUUACAAAUUUUCUACAAUUUUUUAUUUAUUUAUUCUUUACUAUUUUAAAUUAUUAUUGUCGAAACGGAAAUUAUUGUUAUUAUAGCUGCGUAUACACUGUUACAACAAAAUUAACAAAUCCUCAAUUAAAAUUGUACAUUGAUACAAAGUUUCUAGAAUCCCAUUUGGCCGGGUAAAUCUGGGAGGUGCGGGUGGAACAAAUUAGUGACAAGCUGAACUUAUCGGGAAUUUCUAGAUAAUAGUCUCCUAUUUGAGCCUUCAAAAGUCUCAGUGGAGGAAAGUUGAGAAAAAUCGUCACCAUCUUGGAUUUUUUUAAAUAUCUGCGUUUGGGUUGGAUUUUUCGAAAAAACUGAAGAGACAGUUUUUGUAGAGAAUAAAAUUAUGAACAUUUUAUCUCAUAACAGUUUUUCUUUAAAGUUGACCAUAAAGAAGAUAUUACCAUUUUACAGUAUCGAUUUGACAUAUAUUUCAAUUUUUUAUAUAUAUUUUUUGCGCUAAUACGAACUAUAACUGUGUAUUAUCAGGUAUUCGGUUAAUAUUAUGCAUUUUGUGUAUGUAUACAAAAAUUAAAAUAUGUCAAAUCGAUACUGUAAAAUAGUCAUAUCUUCUCUAUCGUCAUUUUUAGAGAAAAACUGUUAAGAGAUAAAAUGUUCAUAAUUUCAUUCUCUACAAAAACUGUCUCUUCAGUUUUUUUGAAAACCCCAACCCGAACGGAGUUAUUUGAAAAAAUCCAAGAUGGCGACGAUUUUUUUUAACCUUCCCUCAAUAUGACCAAAUAGAAGAUUAUUGUCUAAAUAUUUCCGCUGAGAUUAGCUUGUUACUAAUUUGUUUUACCCUCACGUUACGUUUAUCGUACUACUAUACAUAUACAUAGCGUUUUACAAUAAUUUCCGUUACCCACACACAACAAAAAUCAUUUUAUUAUUAUAGAGGUGUAUACAUUUUAAUUUUUUCAGAUGUUUAUUUUGUGUUUUUGUUUUUAUAAUAUCUAGAACAAAUUUCCAAUAGACGUAAAUAAUAAUUUAUUAUAUUUUUGUACAUGAGUAUAAGCACUAAACAAACAAAACAAAAAAUGGAAGUAUUCAGGGUUUGAUUGUCAAAAAUGAAUAGAGCGCUUAUUAUUAUUAAAAAAUAACGUAAAUUGUAAGUUUUUUUUUUUGUAUACAAAUUGUUUAUUGAUAAUAUUGACUUGAGGAGGCUUUUUUUGUUUUGAACAAAAAAAGCUAUAUACAGGGCGAACCAAACGAGUCCUAAUAAUGCUAAAAAAUAUUAAACGCUUAUAUAUAUUUGGCUCGCCCUGUAUAUGUUAAUCGAGUUGACCGACUGAAUGUUUUGUUUUUUCAAAGCCAAAUUAACUGGGAAAACUUACACCUCUCUUUUUUUUACUUGGAUAAAGAUUACACAAAGUUCUUGAUGAGAUGGCCGGUCGAUUACGCAAAAAAGGUUUUCACGUGUUUGCAUCAAAUGCUGGGUUGUGAAAUCGAUUGGCCAGAUAAGUAAAACCUAAAAUAAGAAUGCAAAAAAAAAAAAAAACGGAGGGUAGUACUCUCACUUAUUUUUUUUUUUUCGAGUGCCAAAUAUUGGCAUUUCAAAAGAAAAAGUGUAUAGCGAUUGUAUACAUGUAAAUAUUAAAAAUGUAAUUUUAUUCUAUGUUAAUAAUAACGAUGACAACAACUUAAUUUAUUCGGCUGUUUUUUUUU